AUGGCCAAGUAUAAGCAACAAAAGGCCGAUUCCCAGAAUCGGCCAUUUAAAAAAAGAGAGUCUACUCUGCCUAAGCGGGAAGAAGACAAGAUCAAGCAAUUGGCGGUGGUGCAACCAACAGCUCCGUCUCAGAGAGUUGUUCCUCGUGUUUCUCAUUGGGGUCCCCCGAUUCCGCCUCCGGUUACACAGCAAUGGGGUCCUUAUGGAGUUUGGGUGUCGUAUCCUCCGGCAACACCCAUGCAUAGCCAACAAAGCAGUACAAGUCAAGAUCGUGUGAUUACCUCUAGGACUUUGACUCCACAAGAGUCGGGAAAGGCACCAAUGCAGCAAGUUUAUGUGCAUAAGAAGGUUGAGAUUCCCAUCGUUCCCCCACCAAGAGCUAGGCCUCAAUCGGUUAUCACAAUCGGCUCCAUGGAAGCUCCCGUCACUAAUCAUGAUGAGCCGAUUGUAAUCGAAGAAAUUCUAGCAUCUAAGCAAGAUGAAGAUCCUAAAGAUGUUUUUGGAAUUGAAGAGAAGAAACGCGUCGAAGGAGAUUCCAAGUACUGGCAACCCAUAUGGUCUCCUCAUGGGUUGAAUAAAACUCAACGGUGCAAAUUACAGCGCGCCCGGCAUAAGCAACAGAAGAGGGAGAAGCUUGCCAAGAUGGAGAAUGAAAUCAUCAACCUCGUACAGAUGACUCCACGGCAGUAG